GCAUAGAUUAAGAGCUCUUUUGGCCCCUACCAUGGACUUUGCCUUAGUCCCAAGUACCAGCUCCUCAGCUCCCCAACCCCACGUGGCAGAGACUCAUGAUUUGGGGAGCCCACAGCACGCAGGGACUUGUAACAUCAUUUGGGGAAUUUGCCCUAAGAAUUCAAAUACUUUUUGUUGAAGAGAUGUUUACAAACAUCCUGGUUCUUGACUCAGCUCAUUGUGGGCUGGAUGACUUUCACAUGGGAGGAAGUGGGGAAGGGGCGGGGCCUGGAGCUGAGUGAAGAAAGCAGGAUCUUCAGGCAUCCUGGAACAAAGUCUCUCCUCCUAUUUACCCACGACCCACAAAGACUCCCUGCAAAUCCCAACCUUCUCAUCUUUGAAGAAUUUGCUAGGGUACACAAAUGAGGUAGCUGACUUUCAAGUUUCAAGCUGAGGUUGCUCAUGGUGAUCUCUACUCCCUCCCUUCCAGCCAGUGGCUCUUCUGUUCUAUAAUAUCUAGAUCACUCAUUCACUAAUUUCACAGACACCAACUGGGUGUCUCUAAGGGAUCACAGAUUAAUGGAAGAUGCAAGCUCCAAGGCUUUAUGGAGUGAGGCAGAUGAAGGAGAAUUAAAGAAACAAAAAGUUUCCCUUCUGACCACUAUACAUAUCCUCUCCCCAUAGAGUUCAAAUAUUCAAAGCCCACAUACUGCCUCCUUAGCAAGUGCUUUGUACUCUGGACAUUAUUCCCACUCUCCAUGUAUCUUCAAAUCCCCUUAUCACAGCCUGUGGUGUUUAGCUUGGUCCCAUCCUCUGCAAGCUUAAAUAUUUAUACUGAUUUGAUAUUCUCUCUGUUGUUGAGAAAGAAUAUAAAUGUUUGAAUUGUAACAACAAAGUGCUUUACCAUGUUUAUCUUUCAAUCACCUGUGUGACCCCAAGGGCUUACUAUGUCCCUUUCGUGUUCCAGGAUGCUAUGAAAUAAAAUUUAAGGCUUAAAGGCAGAUCUGCUCAUUGAGAUAUCUAGUACAGAAUUAAAAUCUCUCUCCUUGGCUUAGUAAUAUUCACAUAGGCUGUUCUUACAAAAUGCAUAGCCCCUCACUAGUGGAUAAGAUUUGACUGUUGCUGAUUUGUGCAGAAUAGGAAAGUGUAGAAAGUGUCCUUUGUCCAGAUUCACAGAGCAGAUAGAGUGUUACCUAGUCACAUGUUCAACUCCACCUGGUAGCAGUUAACCCAGCAGUACAGUCUUCCUUCAGGAAAUUUAAGAACCUGACAUGCAUCUCACGUGGCAUCUCACACAUUCACGUGAUUCAACAAGGCCAGUGAUAACUAUAAACACCAGCAUAUCCUGUUGCAUAAGGAUGUAAAGUCAUCUGAAUAUGAAUAAUGAUUUGAAUUUAGGAUAGAAAGUCAUAUGUGCACCAGUAUUGCAAUGCCUUAAAAAAAGCAUUUCUCCCUUUUCUCCUUUCCCUUUGGAAUUACUUUGCACAAAAUGAACAUGUUACAAAUUAUUCAGUUGUGAUGUAUGUGGGGUGUGUAUGUGUGUGUGUGUUUCCAUCAUGGGCAUGACUCUUAGUAGGCAUGGCAACAUGUAAGUCUGGUUUUAAGCAGGUCCUCCCUUCCCAUGUAGUAUUGAGCUGCUUAAACAAGACUUGUGGGGUGAAGACACAAGCCUGACACCAGUGGCGGAGAACUGAACACAAGGAGCGCCCCUCUUGGACUGUGAUAGACUGGCAGCAGUUUGCCUCUGGUAUGUGCCAGAGCUACGAAGCCAGUUUUAAAAGAGAGGAUUUAUAGGAAAUCCAGCUGUGAGUUUUCCUUUUUUUUUUUCCUCUUAGAGAUGUGGAGGCGGAGCCAAAAACCAACCUCAAACCAGGCACAACCAUUGAUCAGGCUAGAGUGAUGUGGACCAGUCUCUCAGACAACAGCUAAGCACAGGGAAAAUAUUAGCUGGCAGAGAUAACGAAGAGGAAACACUCAGUUGACAGAUGUACCAUCUGUCAGGUUCUGAGGAGCAGUUUUCAAGAAGGCAGAACAUGAAGUAAAGAAGACAGUGGUUUUGUUUCAAAGGGACAGCACAGCCUAAGGACAUUUUAAAACAAAAAAUUGAGGCAAAGGAAGCAUGUGACUGGCUCCGUGCGGCUGGGUUUCCACAAUAUGCUCAGUUAUAUGAAGAUUCACAAUUUCCCAUCAACAUUGUGGCUGUCAAGAAUGAUCAUGAUUUUCUUGAAAAGGACCUUGUAGAACCUCUUUACAGACGAUUAAAUACAUUGAACAAGUGUGCCUCAAUGAAACUUGAUGUGAACUUCCAAAGAAAAAAGGGUGACGAUUCCGAUGAAGAAGAUCUUUGUAUCAGCAACAAAUGGACUUUCCAAAGGACCAGCCGCAGGUGGUCUCGUGUGGACGACCUGCACACACUUUUCCCAGGGGGCGACAGGAAUGGGUCCCCAGGAGGCCCUAUGAUGAGAAACACGACCAGCAGUGAGAGCGUCCUCACAGACCUGAGCGAGCCCGAGGUCUGCUCCCUCCACAGUGAAAGCAGUGGGGGCAGCCAGUCCAGCCAGUACUGUGCCGACAGCCCCGUCAUGCUGGAGGCCACUCUGGUCGGGAGCAGCUUCCCACAGUCCCCUCGAGAGAUUCUCCAUCACCCUUUUCACCUCAAGAAUGAGAAACCCACCAGGGCCAGGGCGAAAUCAUUUCUGAAACGCAUGGAAACUCUCCGAGCCAAGGGAGCACAGGGAAGACCCAAGGCCCCGGGGAGGACUGGGGUCCUGGUGAUCAGCGGGCCGGUGCUACAGCAGGAGCCAGAGUCCUCCAAGGCCAUCAUGCAGGGCCUCCACAUAGCCAACGGCGAUCUGCACAACUCCCCCCCGGCCGCCUGCAGAAAAGGGCUGCUGUACUCUGGCAAAUCAAGCGGUGAGAGCAGCCCAUCGGAGCACAGCAGUGGGCUGAGCACCCCGAACCUGAAGGAGAGGAAAUGUCACCAUGAGACCAACAAGCGUGGGGGCAUGUACCUGGAGGACGUGGAUGUGCUGGCAGGGACAGCAGAGCUUCGAGAUGCUGGAGACCAAAACCACACGCACAGCUUUCACUCUCAAGAGAACUUGGUGGUACAUAUUCCCAAGGAUCACAAACCCGGAACCUUCCCCAAGGCACUCUCGAUCGAAAGCCUUUCACCCACUGACAACAGCAAUGGAGUGAAUUGGAGGACAGGGAGCAUCUCCCUAGGAAGGCAGCAAGACCCCUGUACGAGGGAGCCCAGGCUCAUGACAUCCUGCCACAGAGCCAGCCGGGUCAGUAUCUAUGACAACGUCCCUGGCUCCCAUCUGUACGCUAGCACAGGCGAUCUGUUGGACUUGGAGAAAGAUGACUUCCUCCCACAAUUGGACGACAUUCUGCAGCAUGUCAAUGGGCUCCAAGAGGUGGUUGAUGACUGGUCAAAAAAUGUCUUGCCUGAACUACAAACUCAUGAUGCACUGGUCAGGCAACCUGCUUUGUCCUCUUUCCCAUCUCCCAAUCAGCUUACCUUGGACUUUGAAGGCAACUCUGUCUCAGAAGGACGGACAACACCCAGUGACAUAGAAAGAGAUGGAACAUCCCUGAAUGACUCUGAGGCCCCUGGGGUCAGAGAAAGGAGGGAUUCUGGUGUAGGAGCCUCUCUAACCAGGCCAAAUAGGCGACUGCGAUGGAACAGUUUUCAGCUCUCCCACCAGCCGCAGCCAUCCCCAGCAUCGCCCCACAUCAGCAGCCAGACAGCCGGCCAGCUGAACCUCCUCCAGCGCUUCUCACUGCUUCGCCUCACAGCCAUCAUGGAGAAGUACUCCCUGUCCAACAAACACGGCUGGACCUGGUCCGUCCCAAAGUUCAUGAAGAGGAUGAAAGUUCCUGACUACAAAGACAAGGCUGUCUUUGGUGUUCCUCUUAUCAUUCACGUCCAGAGGACAGGACAGCCCCUGCCUCAGAGCAUUCAGCAGGCCCUGAGAUAUCUCCGCAGCAACUGCCUCGAUCAGGUGGGCCUUUUUCGCAAGUCUGGAGUAAAGUCUCGAAUCCAGGCCCUCCGUCAAAUGAAUGAGACUUUUCCUGAGAAUGUCAACUAUGAGGAUCAGUCUGCUUAUGACGUAGCAGAUAUGGUGAAGCAGUUCUUUCGGGAUCUCCCUGAGCCACUUUUCACCAACAAGCUCAGUGAGACCUUUCUCCACAUCUAUCAGUAUGUCCCCAAAGAGCAGUGGCUGCAAGCUGUGCAGGCCGCCAUCCUGCUGCUGGCAGAUGAAAACAGGGAGGCCCUGCAGACACUUCUAUGUUUCCUGAAUGAUGUUGUGAACUUGGUGGAAGAGAAUCAGAUGACGCCCAUGAAUCUGGCUGUGUGUCUGGCCCCCUCCCUCUUCCAUCUUAACUUAUUGAAGAAAGAAAGUUCUCCAAGAGUCAACCAGAAGAAAUAUGCCACUGGAAAGCCAGAUCAAAAGGACCUCAAUGAGAACCUGGCUGCAGCUCAGGGGCUCGCCCACAUGAUCACAGAAUGCGACAGACUUUUUGAGGUCCCGCAUGAGAUGGUGGCCCAGUCUCGUAGCUCCUAUGAAGAGGCUGAGAUUCACGCACCAACGCUGGAAGACUUGGGGACACAGGUGGAGGAGAGCGGGGCAACUUUCCAUACUUACCUAGAGCAUCUCAUCCAGGGCCUUCAGAAAGAAGCCAAGGAGAAGUUCAAAGGAUGGGUCACAUACUCCAGCUUGGACAAUACAGACCUUGCUUUCAAGAAGGUGGGGGACGGGCACCCCCUGAAGCUGUGGAAGGCCUCUGUGGAGGUAGAAGCUCCACCCUCUGUGGUGCUGAAUCGUGUGCUGAGAGAGCGUCACCUGUGGGAUGAGGACUUUGUGCAGUGGAAGGUUGUAGAAACUCUAGACAGGCAAACAGAAAUUUACCAGUACGUGUUGAACAGCAUGGCCCCCCAUCCUUCCAGAGACUUCGUGGUUCUCAGGACCUGGAAGACUGACUUGCCCAAAGGGAUGUGCACUCUGGUGUCCCUCUCUAUAGAGCAUGAUGAAGCCCAGCUCAUGGGCGGCGUGCGGGCGGUGGUGAUGGAUUCUCAGUACUUGAUAGAGCCAUGUGGUUCUGGAAAAUCAAGACUGACCCACAUCUGCAGGAUUGACCUGAAAGGUCACUCCCCAGAAUGGUACAGCAAAGCCUUUGGACAUCUUUGUGCAGCAGAAGUCGCCAAGAUUAGAAACUCUUUUCAACCCCUCAUUGCUGAGGGUCCAGAGACUAAAAUCUGAGUUUUGCUCCACUGUGACAUCAAACUCAGGGAACAGGAAGUGGUAUCAAUGCUUAUAGCUAAGAGUAUGCACAUGAGAAAGCAAGGGGGGAAAUGGACAUGGUUAGUGCUUAGAAGUGCAAACACUGAGAAGUCAGAACAUUGAAGAUGCAUGAAUUUUCUGAGAACUUUUCUAGCCCUCCUGGAGAUGGCUAGAUCCCUACUAAUAUAAUAUUGUUAAAAAUCAGAACCUAUAUCUAUGUUACUUAAAAUGAAAUGGAUUGUUCCUAGUGCGAUGCCUAAUUUGCUAUUUAAAGGCUUCUAAGAAGCAUAUACUUAACUGUAAAUAAAUGUAUUGUAUCAUAUGUACAUAUAACAGUAUAGCUCUACCUUGACUGUAUAUAUGUAAGCUAUUGAUUUUAUAUACAAUUGACUGACUCCGUGAGUCCCUUCCUCACCUAGCUCUCCCCAAGUAGCUCUGGGCCCUAUCUCCCCACUGGCCUAUAAGCUGACUAGAGCCUGCUGCUAAUGCCAAGGUGUGAAAAAGUCUCGUCUCUCCAUUUGCCCCAAUGUCUAACCAAAGAUCAGCCAACCAAAGGAAAAUAGCAUUAACAGCUUAUUAUGAAUUUGGACAAUUGGUUUCUGUUGUUCAACACUGAUAGUGGAGUGUUAAGAUACAGCAAGAGAAAGAAUAAUUGAUUCAUCUUUAACCCAAAGCAAUAGAUGAGAAGUUAUCACCAAAUUUAAGGCUAGAUUGCAAGUUUCCCCUGGACCGUACGAUAUGCAAUUUCUGUGAGGUCUCAGCUGGACCACUGGAGUCAACUUAGUGACAGUGGGGCUGAAUACCUGAUCCUGUUCAUAUUCAAAGCCAUAGGAAGCCUCUGUACUGUCUCAAGUUUGCGCAGAUAAUUUUUCAUAAUGUUAUUAAAGGUUCUUCUAUUUGACCAGUGGCCUAUAUGGUCACAGUUGAUUGACCUUUUCUUCCCAAUGUAUUGCACUGAAUUUGACUCUGGGCACCAGACAAAGGGAGAUGGUAGUCCUUCAAGAGUCCUGGCUCAUCACAGCUUCAGGGAAUUUAUAUUUUGCUAUACAUGAUACUCUUAAAAUAUAACUCACUAAAAUCUUGCAGUCUGAAAGACAGGUUUUUUUUUCACUAACAUAAAACCAAAAGUGUAUUUUUUAAUGAGUCUUAGAAAAUAUAAACAGAAAUAUGAAUUCCAUGUUUCUUCAUUAGCUGCCAGCUCAAGCUACCUAUGCAUUUGACCCCCACCUUAUUUAUUAUUGUAUAGACUAAGCAAAUUGAUUUUUCUUUUAACCAAUUGUGAGUGGUUGGUUGUAACUCAACAAGUGUAGAGAGAAAGAUAACUUAUUGUGCUUGGUUUCAUGGAGACAGAUUUCUUUGCUUGUCUGUGACAGAAAUGGAUACCAUGAUUUAGCAACUGGCAAUAGAGAAGGAAAUAAAUAUGUUUUCAGUUUCUUGUGUUUUAUGCAUUUAUGCAAUGUUUAUCAGAAAUGUGCAAUUUUUUAUUGAGAGAAAUAAAAAAUACUAUCUAUGAGGGUAAUAUGGUGCAAGGAAAAAUCAUACUAGGAAUUGUUUAUUCAUGUGUCUACCUAGGAAAUGCAGCAGACAGGCUACUAGUAAGCCUAUGGUUUACCAUUUGAGUCAUAUUCUGGGAGCAAAACAAAUACUCUUUUACCGUAAUAUCUGAACUGUGUAGGUAGGAUUGUAUUUCUAGGCAUUGACAAGAUCAUUGGUGAAAUGUAAUCUCAGUACUGGUCCUUCUCCAAAGAUGGGGCACUAUGUGCUUGGAAAAUAGGAUGGGCACUGGAAGACAAAUGGCAUUGUGUCUUAUUAGCCAGUGCUCCUCCAACUGGACCCAAAGACUAGAUGGACAUAGAAGAAUAAAAACAAAUACAACCUUAUUUCUGACUUCUUCUCUUCCAGUUACCUGACUUUUUAAAUUUUUGUACAUCUACUAAUCAUGUCACUGUUGCCUUAAAAACAUGGUGCAUCUUUAAAAUAAAGGGGGGAAGGGUGGGGGGGAAGAUGCAUCAAGCUUAUUUGUCGAGUACUACAGUAUUUUAUUCCUUGUUAUCUUGCCAAUGAAAAUAAAAAUAGGAUACUACAUUUAAAUAUUAUAUUUAUACCUCAUGUAUAUUUUUACCUCAAUUGUUGCUAUCAAUCAUUAAUUGUAAAUAAAGAAUUGCUAAGGCAAAUAAAUUUAUAUACAUUAAAUAUUUGCUAU